CGCCUCAGGCCGCCUCCCCCGGGCCGGCCUCCGGGCUGCCCGGCUUAUAAAGGCGCGUGUUCCUCAAUGACGCCGGGUCGGCCCAGCGAGGUGCCCCGGAGGGAGUCGGAGCGCGAGUCCCCCCGACAUGAAGCACAUCGUGGGCAUCGGAGGCGUGACCAACAGCGGCAAGACCACGCUGACCAGCAGCCUGCUCAGAUCGCUGCCCAACUGCUGUGUGAUCCACCAGGAUGAUUUUUUCAAGCCUCAGGACCAAAUCGCAGUUGGGGAGGACGGCUUCAAGCAGUGGGACGUGCUGGAGUCCCUGGACAUGGAGGCCAUGCUGAGCACCGUGCGCGCCUGGGCGAGCAGCCCCCACAAGUUCGCCCGCGCCCACGGGGUCAGCGUGCAGCCGGACGCUGCCAACACUCACAUCCUCCUUCUGGAAGGCUUCCUGCUGUACAGCUACAAGCCCCUGGUGGAUUUGUACAGCCGGCGGUACUUCCUGACCGUCCCGUACGAGGAAUGCAAGCGGCGGAGGAGUACUCGAAGCUAUGAGGUCCCCGACCCCCCCGGCCUCUUUGAUGGCCACGUGUGGCCCAUGUACCAGAAAUACAAGCGGGAGAUGGAAGCCAGCGGCGUGGAAGUCGUGUACCUGGACGGCACCAAGUCCCGCGAGCAGCUCUUCCAUCAAGUCCUGGAAGACAUCCGGAACUUGCUCCUGAACAGUGUCUAGGCAGGCCGAGGGCAGGGGCCGGCCGGGGUCCCAGGGGCCCAUGCGCCACGCCGGCCACAGGGAGGCCCAGACGGGUGCUGCGUGACCGUCUCCCUCUGGGGAAAUCUACUCCCGGCUCAGCGUCUCGGGCCCCCGGGGGUCCCCCCGAGAUGCCUUUGCAACCUCACGACCACUUCAGGAUUAAAGCCAGUCCUGUUUUUUAACCA